UUCACCAAAUUGCCCUAAAAAAAGAAAUAAACACGAAAAAAUUUAUUACUGUGCUCGGCGGUCACAUGCGAAUUUCCGUGCCAGCCGGCUAAGGUCUGGCAAUCAAAAGAUACGUCGAGCACAACUGCGCGCUUCGCCGGUUACAAAGUAAAAUUAUUAACAAUCACACAAGAGAUAGAUACAGACGCAGGCGCACACACACACACACUCUCUCUCUCUCUCUCCAUAUUAAAUUCCCUAAUUCCCUGAAGUCUGCUCAGAUUCAGUGAUGCUACUUAAGUGAUGAUCCCUCUUUGAUUCUCUGAAAAUAUUUGCAUCCACAUCUCCGGUUCUCCGACGCCUCGCUUCAUCUGUUCCGCCAGGAUGCCCUGAUAGAAACAAGAGAGGGAGGGAGGUCGAUGCCUUGACAGCUAUGGAUAGGCUUGAGAGUGAACGAGCCAUUGGGAUGUCUCAAGCCCUGAAAGAUCUCAAUAUGCUACCAGGAUCUGAGAGGAAAAAUGAAAGUUCUAGUAAGGGGAUUACGAAGCUUUGUGCUGAGAACACCAAUGAAAAUCUUGACAACUGGCACAGGCAAAAUCCUGCUUCUUUGUCUACAACUCUGGUAAAUGAAGGUGAAGCUGUGAAUGGUGCAGUAGAGGUAGGAACUUCAGAGAUAGAGUAUAUAGAAUCUGAGAAUCUCACAGAUCUAGAAGAUGUGGAUGCAAGUCUCAAGACACUUUUAGUAGGAUUGGGCUCCAAGGAUUGGGUUUUGGCAUGUGAAGCUCUCAAUAAUGUUCGCCGAUUGUCAAUAUUUCACAAGGAAGCAAUGCUUGAAAUUUUGGAGAGUGUGAUCUCACUUGUUGUAAAAUCCUUGAAAAAUCCAAGAAGUGCUGUUUGUAAAACUGCAAUCAUGACAGCCGAGGAUAUCUUCAAUGCAUACUGUGAUCAAAUAAUUGAUUUGGUUGAACCUCUACUUGUACAACUUCUUCUAAAAUCUUCACAAGAUAAACGCUUUGUCUGCGAGGCUGCUGAAAGARCUUUGAUAGCAAUGACCACAUGUGUUUCUCCUUCUCUGUUGUUACCAAAGUUGCAGCCAUAUCUUAAGCACAAGAAUCCUCGAAUACGAGCAAAGGCAUCGAUGUGCUUUUGUCGAAGUGUUCCACGGAUGGGAAUGGAGGGAAUCAAUGCUUAUGGGAUUGAUAAAUUGAUGCAGAUAGCUGCUUCCCAACUCAGUGACCAGCUUCCUGAAUCCAGGGAGGCUGCUCGCACUCUUCUUUUGGAAUUGCAAUCUGUAUAUGAGAAAUCCCACAUCUCCUCACAUAAUGCAGAAUCUAAGAAUUCAGAAACUGGUUCCUGGGAGCACUUUUGUCAGUCAAAACUCUCUCCUUUAAGUGCACAAGCGGUUCUCCGUGUUACCAAUGUUGCUAGGGAGGGUCUUGUUUUGGGCUCUUAAUAUUAGAAGGUAUAGGAGAACGCUGUGAGGUUUAAUGGUUUUAGUUUCAUUUUUUAACUUUCUGGGAUUCAUUUCUUGUCUUGUUUACCUGUAAAUUCUGCAAAAUGGUGGUAUGUCUCAGAGUGAGGUUGAAGAAUGUAUUGAACUGGAAAUCAUAUACAUAUUUCCCCCCAGUAUUAUGAGUACCUUGUACAUCUUUUUUGUUCUCC